GUGUGAAAGAAUGCGCUUCAUCUUGCGGAAAUAAAAACUUGGCUGACGCAGUAGCAGGCCGUUCCUGAAAUUGAGAUAAAUCCGUUGCAGAAAGUGAUAAAUUAUUAUAGAUGAUAGAUGAUAACGCGGCACUGCGGAUACGUUAACGGAGAGUUUAAUAACUCGUGGCGGUUCACCGAUUAGCGAUUAAAGCGCUUGACCUCGCGUAGAAAUUUGCAGGGUGAUCCGCCGCGGACGAUUCGUCGCGGAAUAACUGCAAGUUGACUGGCUAUACAUUUCUCGAAAUUAGAACUUAGGCCAAGUUCUAGCAUCGUGGACACAGGCCUUAAAAAAAGUUAAGAUCCGAAUUUAUUGAACGUCUACAAUGAGAUCUUUAAGACGUAAGGUUUAAAAUGACCAAUCGCAGUCGAUUAUUCUCCUGACAUUCGAUUGCGAUAAGGUUUCUUAAACCUUACGUCUUGAACAUCUCACUGUAGACGCCGCAAAAAGCGACAAGAUCUUGGGUAAAUUUUCACGUCGGUUACUCUCCAGUGUGUUUGCCGAAAUAAUUGAUCCAUCAAAAAUACCUCCGGGGUUUUAGCAGGUGCCAGAAACGCGCGAUAUUUCAAAUGAACUUUAAUUAUUAUAAUGACGCAAAGUUAAAAAAAUAAAAGUUCGCGUAAACAUCGUGUAUCUACAACAACUAUUAAAACUGCAGUCGCGCCCGUUAAUAAAAGCGAGGGGAACGAACGGAGACGACGAAUCCGAUGCUCCUAAUUAAAUGCCGGCGAUUAUGCACGUCGCCGCCGCCGCGCUCGGCGCGGAGCGGAGCGGAGCGGAGUCGCGGGCCGCCCGGUCAGUCGCGGUUCGGUUCAGUUCAGUUCGCGCACCGCCGCCACGGAGCGAGGACGUGCGCUGGAUGCUCCGCGGCGCGUGGCCACUCGCCGAAGAGACGGGACGAAAGGUAACACCGUGGGAUCCCCGUUGAUCGCCCGCGCGAUCUCUUGCGCUCUCUCGAUCCCGUUUACGCCGGAUGCCGUAUAACUGCCAGUCAUGAUCUCCGCCGAGACGCGACACCGCCGCCCGAGCACGCCGCUGCUCCUCCUCCUGCCGCUGCUGUGCGACCUCGUGGCCGCGUCGUACGCCCGAUCCUGGGACUUAGCCGUGGUAAUCGGCAACGAAAUCGACUUCUUCGCGCGUAACAGUACACCCAUGGGCCAGGCUAGCAUCAGAGAAGCCAUUGCCCUGACCGGAGUAACGUACGACGACACCACUCGAACGAUGUAUUUGUCUGACGUAAGGAACACCGUAUCUAUAUUCAGCAACGAUCUCACGGAAAGGAAUUUCACGUCGACUCCCCUGCUGAAGAAGGAGAAUGGGACGCACGUCGUCGGGAUCGUUUUCGACACGUCGUCGCGCACUCUGUUCUGGGUCGACGCCUUGAAGGACACCAUCGCGAGGAUGCACGUGCCGCUGAACGGUACGCCGGGCGAUCCUGUCGUUUUGCACAAUCUUACCGGGAGCAGCCCACGUGGCAUCGCCCUCGACGUGUGUAACAGCCGCAUAUACUGGGUAAACAGUAACAUGUCAAAUCCCAGCAUCGAGUGUUCCGAUAUCGACGGGAAUAAUCGGACAAUCGUCAUCAAGGAGAAUCUGUAUGAGCCUCUGGCAGUGGCGAUCGACCACACGGAGCGAAAGCUCUACUGGAUCGACGAUGACGAGGGGAUCCACUUCAAGAUCGAGCGCAGCAACUUGGAUGGCAGUCAACGAGAAUUACUGGUCCAUAACAAGCAUCAGCAGCCGGUUUAUCUGGCAGUGGACAACGAGUCGAUAUACUGGUCCGAUUGGGUCCACAGCGCGGUCUGGACCAUGCCGAAGAACGCGAAGGCUGGGGAUUAUCCAACCAAGUUCAAAUCGUACUACGACGAGAGAAGGGACGCCGAUCCGGCCGGCAUCGUGACGCGCGACAACGUCGGCCAGAUCGAUUGCGCGACGAUUCUAUCGGCGAUAGAGAAGAGACCGCACCUGUCGGUGCCAGAUCUACAACCGGCGAUCAAGACAUUCAAUAAUUUAACUACCAGCACGGAGGAAUCGGACUUGACCACCGAGAACUCCAAAUACUGCCUAAACGACGGCCAUUUGAACAAAGUAAACGACACGUGCCGAUGUAAAAAAGGGUUCACCGGACCCUUUUGCGAAACAUCCCUCUGUCACAAUUACUGCCUCCGUGGUAAAUGCAUUGUAAACCAUCACGGACUUCCUGAAUGCAAUUGCAUGGGCACGUUUAGUGGCCCUCGUUGCGAGACGGACGUUUGUAAUGGUUACUGCCUUUAUGACGGUGUGUGUUCCGUCCAAGAUGGAAGGCCAUCCUGUAGUUGUAAAUAUUCCAAAGGGACCCGAUGUGAAGAACCAGACGAUAUCCCGACGAUUUGCGCGACAUAUUGCGCGAGCGAUCGCGUGAUUAAAUCACACGACGUCAGUGUGACAUCGUGCAGGUGUACAGACUCUGAUCAAACGGCCGAAAGAAUUACGCUUAGCGACAGUUUUCAAAACGGUGUGCUGCUACCGAUAUUCGGAGCGCUCGUCGGUGUGUUUAUUCUAAUAAUCGCCAUACUCAGUUAUUAUGUGGACAAAUUACGGAGGCGAUCGCGAAUCAAGAGGCACUACGUGGUCAGUAAGGGCGUCACGCCGCUCACGUCCCGGCCGCAGAUACCGGGUCAGUGCGAAAUUACCAUAGAGAAUUGCUGCAACAUGAAUAUCUGCGAAACUCCGUGUUUCGAACCGAAAUUACGAAAUGGUGCGCCAAGGAGCAAUAAUAUGAAAAAGGAAGAGAAGAACCUCUUGUUGGAUAAUAUGGAGGGUAAUUCGUGCUAGCACAUGCUACUCUCGUCACGUCGCAUGAAAUAUCGAGAACUCUGUACGAGCUCUGCACCGCGUCGGAGAUCGUAUUCGCGGGACUGUCCCGCGCGUUUGUAUAUAAUACGGCGGCGACUUGUAGUAUUGUUGUUAAGUUUGCAAGUAUCCGUGUUGAUGGGAUGCGCAUGAGCGCGCUAUAUCGACGACGAUUUCGCUCCAUCUUGGAAAAGGAAGCCAAAGGUCUUUUUAGAAGGUCCUAUUUCUUAGUACGUCAUACGUUAGGGCUGUGUUUUAGAAACAUUUUGUCACUUAGUAGCCGUUAAAUUUACCGUUUGACGUUGUCAGAUAUUUGUUUUAGGAAUUAUAAAGCUGGACUUUAGGUUUUUCUAAAUCUGCCGGACGCAAUCUCUCCCGAUGCUAAAGUUUUAAAUAAAAUUGCGAAACGUUAUUACAACUCGAGGAUAUAACAGUUUCUUAUUGUUAAACCUUCGUGUUUAUAUAACAGCUGAAUUCUAUAAAAUAAUUUCGCAAAAUUUCAAUUUUAAUAUAAAAUAUGUAACUUCCGACAAAAAAAUGUCAAAAUUUGGUAUUUGAGUCAAGCGAGCGAAGGGAAAUGCGUCUGCAGUUCUAAUUUUGUCUUAAUCUAUUUGAUAGGUAUCUACCAAGCAACAUGAUUAUUCUAAUAUGAAAAGUUCUGUCUUAUUUCUCUUGUAUCAUUUAGAAGAGAGUUCAAAUGUGUGCAAAGUGGAAAGAGAAAGAAUAAGGAAAAAGUAUCGCAGUCACAAGGGGUGCGCAAAAGUUGCCUUAAGCGAUAAUUCUAAUUGUUGCUCAAAAGUACCACUGAGUACAUUCCUGAAAGAAAUUUAGAUCGCGAUAUGGCGUCGCAGAGAUAAGUGAUUCUCUUAUAACAUUUUUUGACUGAACCAUCCGUCAACGGACUUUACAGUACAUGAUGUGAGUAAUUUCAUUACGUCAGAUCGUAAUUCGAUAGUUAAUUUCAUUCAUCAUUCUUGGAUUUUUUUUUACAUAUCACGUUUGUGGGAAUAUUGCCGCGCAAAAGCUUCGUCUCUUGACAAGCGCUUCUCUCUCUCUCAAACUCCAUUCUCAGUUAAUUCAUUGAAUUCACUUCGUGUACAUUUUCAAUCAUGUUCAACCGCUGACCAUUCUUUAUCAUACUGUGAGUACAAUAUAUGCGUUAGGUAUAUAUAUAAUAUAUUAUAUAUAUACCUAACAUUUGUGAAUGUACGAAUGAUGAGCUCGAGUUGAAUCGUGCUCUUACGCACCUAAGAUCCCUUAAUCGCGAAUUUGUUACUGCUGGAUAUUAAUUCAACUCGAGAAGCGUUAUCACGUAAAUUCAUAGUAGUGAUAUGAAAAUUGAUGUGGCAUUGUCUAGGCAACUAAAUAUGUAAUACGUGUAUACAUAUGCUACAUUACGAGGUAUAUAUUAGAUGAGAAUAGGAAAACGUUCAAAGAGUCACAAUGUAUAUAAACGAUCCUCAAAUACUGGAUACCCCCCAGUGAUAACAUACACUGCAGAUCUAUGAAACUUUGCCAGAAGCUACACAUCAAUAAUAUCCGUGAUUUUUAGUUUACUUAAUUUUGAGGAUCGUCAAGAUCUUUUUUUUUCUUUAUAUAGUUUGACGACACCUGUAGCGUUCCUUACAGAGCAAUAUUUCGUUUACUUAACUCCGAAAACUUUUGUUCUAUAUCGAUAUAUGUAACGCGGAGCCAACUUUAAGUCUUCUUCUUUUCUUCCAACUUUAUUCCGCGAGAGCGAAAAAUCUACCAUUCUUAUUUUCUAUGCGCGUGCAGUUAUGGUGGUUACAGCUCACGUGCGAGAUCACGUACGAGGCGAAUGGUGCACUUGUACAUAAGAAUCGAAUUUAUUUUGAUCUUUUCAUUCAUAAGGAGGAUGAUCGCAAAUUUUCAUCUUUUUAACGUCUACAUUUUUAUUCAAAUCAGCCGUUAUUACAUUACUAUCUAUAGCAGUAACGUAAAACGUACAAUCUGUUACGUACACCAAAGUUGUUUUUAGUAAUAAUAACAUGAAACAGAGUACAAUAUUAUUGGUUUGCAGGAAUUAUAUGUUGCAUCUUCAACUAGCACACAAUUUAAUCUUUCACGAUAUUGUGACGAUUUUAUAUGGAAGCCUCACAUAUAUUGAAAAGUUUUGUUUCCAAUUGCAAUCACGUUAGACAAUGGCAAACCAAUGAUGAUUAUGUUGUUCAUUUAAUUGUUUAUUUAUAGGAGUUAUGUUAUUUUUUAUCAUACGGAAUAAUGUUCCUGUCGUUGUGACAACAAAUUAUUCACAGUACAUGACGAUACUUUCUGUUCCUGUAUACGAUAGAUGCUGUUAAAAAAAAAGGUCAUAUUUGUUUUUUAAAUCUACUUUUUAAUUUUUGUAAUAAAGAUUUGCGACAUUUACCGACUCUAUAUAUACAUAUAUAUAAUAUAACUAUAUACAUGUAUACAUAUAUUUAAAUAUGAAAAGAAUAUAUAUAUAUACAUAUAUAUAUGAAAGUUGCGCGAUCUACGUAUCGAUAUUGUAUUUGGAAAAUAGCCCUCUCCCACACACUCAUCCCCAGAGACGGGAUAGUGGAUUUAUGGUGAAAGGGUUAUAUUCCUGAAAAAUAUAAAAACCAUGAUGAUGUAUAAGAUGCAAUAUGUCUCCGUACAAUUUUGUUUUAUGUAUUCAAAAUGAUGAAAUUUAUCAUACGCAAUAUUUCCUCGAAUUCAUUAGUUGAUAAACGCAAUUAUCUUUAUGCAGAAAUGUUAAUCUGAUAUUUUAAAUAUUUAAUGCUUGAUCUCCGUUAUCUUGAACUCGAUCUACUUUCUGCGUAGGAGUUCGAGAAUUUAUUGCGUUUACUUUAAAUUAUGUACUUAAACUUGGUAAGCUGUACUUAAAUUGUGAUUAAAUUAUUAGAUUCUUCAAGUUAUUAAAUAUUUACUUUGUAAGCGACAUAUUGCAUAUUUUGCAUCUCUCUACAAUGGUUAUAAUACUGGUUGCUAUUGUAUACAGAAUAAAGUGAAAUAAAAUAGAUUAUCUCUUA